AUGAGAUAAGAAUAAUUAGAAUAGCUAUUAAAUCUCAAAUAGUAUUAGAUGAAUUAUAAUAAUGAUUAAAACUUUGAAUUAUUGGCAAUUUAACCCGCUUAUAAAUAGGAAAUGGACAAUGAAGUUCAAAAAUUAGAACAGCAGUCUCUUUUUGCUGAUUCAAUAGAGGUUGAUAUUCCUAGUUUAAAAAAAUACAGAGUAGAAAAAAGAUUAAGGAAGAUGGCUAAGAUGCAAUAAUUAAUAUAAGGUUGGUUUGGAAUAAAUCGCAGGAUCAAGAUGAAACUAUGAAU